UGUCACGGGUUCUGACGUCACCGGGGUCCUUCCUCGUGCGGCUCUCCGUGAGGGUCAUGCAGUCAGUCUGAUCGCUGGUGUUAUUAUUAUUAUUAUUAUUAUUUCUGGGGCGUGAUAUCGUGUCGUGUCGUGCUGAUCUCUCUCGUCAUGAUGGGCGGCAGCAGCAGCAGGAUCGCGGCUGGUUUGGGAGCAGCGCUCUUCGUCGGUUACUGCAUUUAUUUCGACAGAAAGAGACGGAGUGACCCGAACUACAAGAACAAACUACGAGAACGAAGGAAAAAGCAGAAGGCUGCUCAGGAGAAAGCUGGAUUAUCGAAGUUACCAGACCUGAAAGACGCUGAAGCCGUUCAGAAGUUCUUCCUGGAGGAGAUUCAGCUCGGAGAAGAGCUCCUGGCUCAGGGUGACUAUGAGAAAGGCGUGGAUCACCUGACGAAUGCGAUCGCUGUGUGUGGUCAGCCUCAGCAGCUCCUUCAGGUUCUUCAGCAAACCCUUCCUCCUCCGGUCUUCCAGAUGCUCCUCACCAAACUCCCGUCCAUCAGUCAGCGUAUCGUCAGCGCUCAGAGUAUCAGCGACGACGACAUCGAGUAGAAGACCUCCAGCGGCGCUGUGACAUCACUUCCUGUCUGCCUCGAAUCAGUCAGUCGCUCUGUCCCGCCCCUUUCCAUCCUGGUUCUCGAACGCCGAACGCACAGAUACGGAUUUAAAGAAGCUUUUGGGACGAAAUGUUUGUUUCGGUGUAUUUGAAUGACAAGCAUGACCUUUUUUUCCGUCAGUUAUUUGUUUUACUAACAAAGCAUUUUGGGUAUACAAAAAUAAUAAAAUAUGCAAGCAGCAAAAUAAACGCGUCGCCGUAGAGGCUGGUAGACGGGCGACUAGAGCUGCUGUCAUUUAUCUGUGUUCAUGUGUUUAAGUUAUUUUUAAAGGCUGUGAGAUGUCUAACGUGGGAUAGGAAGCACGUUUAAAGGUGCUCUGUUUCAAGUAGGGGAGAGUUUCCUCUUUUUUUAAAACUCCAAAAUAAAAAAAAAUCAUUGUAUGGA